GUUGUUGACAGAUUUGUGUUGAGAUGCGAAAUUUAUUAUUAAUUCAAGAAACGACAUAAUAUGUAUAGAAGUAACCAGUUAAAUCGUAGAAAGUGGUAUUAAGCAUGCAAAAUUACUUUAAGUUAUCUUGCGUAGUGCUUCUGUGUUUUAUUCCGCAGUGACCGCGUUCAGUUUUGCGUGUGCGACUUCUUGCGAUAAAAGCAUAUCCCGCGUGCUUGAUGCUGUUACAGAGUUCGCACCUUAUACAAACGAAGGAAACCAACGUAAAUACAUGACGGCUGGUUGCCAGAUGCCAACGAGAAGUUUCCCGCAACUUGUUAUAAUAAUAUGUACUCAAAAGCUGUGAAAGUUUCUUCCGAGACCAGAAUACAUUUUCGACAAACCUCUGUUUCUCUUUCCGAAGCAGCAAACAAACAAAUUACCGGUGGCAAAUCAAACAGAGAUUCCACGGGUGAUUUGAGAUGCUUUAUAUGCGACGGAAAAAUUACGGGAACUUGCUUCCCACUUGUCGUUGGCGUAACGCCAUACAGUAAAACAGACAUACCAACAAAAAUAGGCCAGUUAAUGGGAGAAGGUUUUAUGGUAGUUGUGUCUGAAGACGAUAAUUUGUGUAAGAGAUGUACGUCACUGUUGUAUCAACUUGACAGAUUAGAAGUGGAUCUGAAUUUAGUAAAAGAUGCAUUAACGAAUUACCUAAAACUGAAGUAUCAGUUAAAUGAAGAGGAUCAUGAAAUAGCAACUAGCAGAGAUGACUCAAGUUUUCUACUUUACAAUGAGGAAGAGAAUGAAAAUGACAAAGCUAGUUGCAAGAAGUUGUGUGGCAAGGAAGGAGAGGUUGCAGUAGAUGAGGAAUUUAAGGAUGGAUGUGAGAAUAUUCCAGGAAUUUUAAGCAGCGCAACAAAGAGUCCCAAAAAUAUAAAUGCUGAAAUAAUACUGGAUGAAAGACUUGGUAAGAGGAGGAAGAAGAAAAGGAGAACUACAGAUGCAUUGGGUGUUUUAAAUGGCCAGUCAUCCUCCACAAAUAAGGAAUACAAAUGCAGUUUAUGUGAACUGAAAACUCCUGAUAUCUCUGUGUAUAAAGCCCAUUCUUGCAAUAAGUAUGACGGCAUCAAAUGUGAAAAUGAUUUUAAGAGUUCUCAAGGAACCCAGAAACAAAUAAAAAAUAUUCAUUCAGCAGAGUGGCUGUGCCAUAUCUGUGACAUGAUUUUUGAAGAAGAAAACAUGCUUGCAUCACAUAUACAAACUAGCUCUCAUAAUGAUAUGGUACACCAUAAGCUGCAGAGUGGACAGCCUGGUAACAAGAAAACAAGUAUUUUUAUUUCUGGAGAAUACACCUGCAGCAUUUGCAACUUCAAAACAGGAAGCAUAGUGACUUACAGAGACCAUCAGCAGUUUCAUUUUCAAAAUCGCUCAGAAUACGAGUCAUCAUGUAAAAGCUUUCUAAAGAGAGCACAUGGCCAAAAAUCGAAUUCAUACAAAACAGACGAUCAUUUUGUGGGCAGUACAGAGAAAGGAAGUGAUCAGAGAGUAAUCCAGGAAGAGCUCACCUGUAAUUUACAAAAUGGUAUCACAAAAGAUGGCUUUAAUAUUCUGAAGGCAGAAGACAAGGUGACUGUUGACACUAAUUGUAAAAUGACUGAAAAUCAGAAGUUAGCUACUGAGGACAGAAUUCCCAACACAGAACAUUACUUCUGCAGUUCUUGCUCUUUAGUGUUUCCCUCAGAUAGGUUACUACAGCACCAUAAAAAUGUACAUCAUACGCUACCAUCAUUAAAGAAAGACACACUACUUACUACAGAAAUAACCAGUCAUAAUUUUUGUGAUUUAAAGCAGAAAGGUUGCUUGGACAGUAAUAAGUCUUCCAACCAGUAUAUGAACAAUGAAAAUUUUAUGAACUUGUUUAAAAAAGUAAGAACUCAAUUUAUGCAAGUUCCUAAUAGAAAUAACAAUAACUUAAAUGGCACAGAGUUAGCCAUUGAAAAUGUAUCAGGAAGAGCGACUUCCAAUUCCACUACAUGUACAAAAAAUGACUGCGAUUCUAGCCAGCACGCUGAUGGUGAAAUAGAUUAUACAGUUUCUGGUAAAAAUGAACAGCAGUCUGCAACAACUCAGAACUCAACUUUUGAAAACUCUAGUGAAUCCUUAGUAAUAACACAUAGGUCACAUUCAUCUGAAGCAACCCAAGUAAAUAACAGUAUUCCACGUAAUUUUCCGAUUAAUAAAUUUAUGGAAAAUGCUAGGACCGACUCAGCUGUAAAACAAAAGGGAAAUUCUGAGAAAAAUGUUAGUUCUAAUUCAAGCCAUGAAUAUUUAUUAGGUGCACCAUACAGAGAUAUUCAGAAAAGUGAACUUGUGUCAAAAAAUGGAACUGAAAGUACAAAGCAGAAAGACUGUGAGAUGAAGGCAAAAGUUGAUAAUGAAACAUCUCUGUCAGAUAGCUGUGGAUCAAUAAGUUAUCCACCACAAACAAUGAAGGAAAUGAGGACACCUUUUCUUUUUCAUAUAACAAAACCAGGAACUGCACAGUGUGAAAUUUGUGGCAAAUUCUUUUCUAGCAACAGUAAAAUGUUGUACCAUAGAGAUAUAUGUUCAAAGAAUUUAAGCUGUAAGUUAUGCAAUAAGCAUUUUCUAAAUAUGAAUGAUCUACAUAAACAUAAUAGUGAAAAACAUCAAACACAUAAAAUGCAUCAUAAUUGUAUGCACUGUUCAGCAUCAUUUUUGACAAAGGAACUUUGUCUGACACAUGAAGAAAAUUGUGUAUUUGUGCCCUAUUGUGAUGAAUGUGGAGAAAAAUUUUCUGAAGUUGAUCAGCUGCGGUCUCACAAGGAUACAACUCAUAGAGAUCCUCACUGUCGCUAUUGCGGUAAGGAAAUACUUAAAUUAAAAACAUUACAAUAUCAUGAAUUGAGGCAUAUGAAAGAUACUGCAGAAAAGUUUGAAUGCAGUGAAUGUGAAAAAGUAUUUAAAACAAAAACUGGCCUGCGACAUCAUUUUGCACUACAUACUGGCCAAUACAAAUUUUGCUGUGAUUAUUGUGGCAGAGGUUUCAUGUCAAGAAUGAUGAUGGAAGAACACAGAAGUAAGCAUACAAAGGAGGAACGUUACAUAUGUGAUGUCUGUGGUCGUAAGUUUUGUUUCCAGAGUACAUAUUGGAUUCAUCGAAAAUGGCAUGACAACCCAUUCCCAUACAAAUGUAAUUUUUGUGGUCGUAAAUUUCGACACUCUUCAUUGUUAGCAGUGCACAAACGUAAACAUACUGGAGAGCGACCCUACAAAUGCCCUCACUGUCCUCUUACUUUUCCUGUUGGAGGCACAUUGAAACGCCAUAUCAUUCUGCACACAGGAGUUUACCCAUAUAAUUGUGAAGUCUGUAAGCGUGGUUUUACAACUCGUAACAGAUUUGCUAUUCAUCUUUCUAAAAUUCAUGGUGACAGUAAAAUGCUAAAUGAAAAAUCACGACCAAAUGAGUUUAAAAUGGUCAUUAGAGAUAAUGAAACAGUGAAGAAGCAAGAUAAUGUGGAGCCAUCAGCUGAAUGGCAGAACCCUGACGAUUCUGAGCAAGUUGAUAUGAACUUUAGAUUAGGAAGUUCAGCAGGCGGUGUGGAUAAUUUUGACCACUUGGAGGGGGCAAUGUCAUGCUCCUUGGUUCCAGAUGAACUUUUAGUUGGAAAUGCUUGUGCAACCAGAGUCGUUGAGAUAGUUCUUGAUGACACUUCUCAAGCUGUUGCUGCAGUGACUGUUGCAGAUCCUGAAGCAAAUAAUCUUCCUGAUCUGUGGUAUCAUUUGUUAAAAGAUAUUUUUCCAGACUCGGAUAUUGCAAGGGCAAUGACUCUUAAAUGGCACAAAGCACGUGCCAUUGUUUCUAAUGUUAUUGGGACGUCACACAAAGAAGUGUUGGCGAAAAAACUACAACAUGCCAAAUUUAGCAUAAUGACGGAUGAGUCCACCGAUAUUGGAACUUUGAAAAAUUCCUGCUUGGCGAUCCGCUUUUAUGACAAAGACUCAGGUUGUAUUGAAAGUAAGUUUUGGGAGCUAUAUAAAAUUUAUGAAGAUGGAGACUUAAAUGUUGAGAAAGCUUCUACUGCAGAAUAUCUCUACAAUGGUGUAGUAAAAACGUUUCAACAGCAUAACAUUCCAUUUGCCAAUAUUAUUAGCUUUGGAGCAGAUGGUUGCAAUACUAUGAUGGGAGUUCGUUAUUCUGUAGCAAGCAGAUUCCGAGAUAGCUGCCCGGGAAUGUUUGUAAUGAAGUGUGUUUGUCAUUCGGUGCAUAUAUGCGCAAGCGAGGCGUGCAAGAAACCUCCAAGAGAUUGUGAGGACCUCGCAAGGAAUAUUUAUGGUUUUUUCAAACUCAGUGCGAAGAGGCAGACAGAGUUAAAGGAAUUUCAGACAGCUUUGUGCCAGAUCAAAUUACGCUAUGAUAUGGAAGAUAAAGUGCUGUCCAAACUAGCAGCACUCAAACUUACGAAUGCUCUGUCACAAAGUUUCCAGGAUACAACACCUUCACUCAUGCCUUUAAUGGAACUGUUGCCACAUAUAAUUCCUCCCUCAGAUCUCGAUUUAGCACAAACUACAGAUGACCAGUGGAGGCGUCUCCCUCUGGUUUUGGCUUGUCUCCCAGACUCACUACAAAAGGAACAAUCACCGGAUAAAGUGUGGAAUAUAUUAAAUAACGAAUCUGAAGAAUUUAAGGAAUUGAGCGUUUUCGCUCUCUCAGUUUUGAGUUUACCUCAUUCAAAUGCAGACUGUGAAAGAGUUUUUGCUAAGUUUGUACUCGGAUGUCAUUUGAGAAGUAAAGGAAAGCAUCCCGAUUGUGUUUCUGCUCAAUUGGCGAUGGUGGAAGAAAAUGGUAACGUUGUUGGAAAACCAUCCACAGAAGUGCCAAGGAAAAGUAAAUGUUUCGUUUGCGAUGUGAUUAUUUCUGAUGGUGGUGUAUGGUUAAUGGAAUUACUGUCUGUCAACGCUAAUCUCCUGGAAAACAUUGGCAGUCUCAUGGGCGACGGUGCUUUUGUUAUUGUAUCAUGGAAUGACAUUGUGUGCAACGCAUGCUCUUUGUUGCUGAAGUAUUUUACAAAGUUAGAAAGAGAUCUUAUGAUUUUGAAAAAAGUUUUGCGCUAUUACCUUAAGGUUAAGUACCGCUUAGAAGACGAUGGGUUCGACACGAAUACUACGAUUAGCCGGCAAGAUAUUGACUAUAUUGCUGAAUGCUCAUCCCAGGUACUCAGUGCUUCAGAUACAGAAGGAUCACAACUGUCAUGUAGACCACAAAAACUGCAUCUGGCUUUGUCUCAGAAGAGCCACUGCGAUAAAACAGAGAUAGUGCCUUGGAAUAAAACAGCAAAAGCGUCAAACAGUGGCACUGUGAGUGGUUUAAAUCGGAAAGAGACAAAUAUAUUUAAAAAGGAAAAACUGAAAACACGUAAUGUGGCUGCACAAGAAAGGUGUCAUUUUGAAAAUUACCAUUCAGCAUCAGAACAUUGCAAGAACAAUGAAGCCCACGAGAAGCAACUGGAGCGUACUAUAGAUGCAGAUGUUUGUGUCUCCACUACAGGCAACAUGGGGUGUGCAUUAAAUGUGGAAGACCAUCAUAGUAAAAGACAAAAAUGCUUUAUGUCACACUCUUUGAGGAAUGGAAAUGAUGACACUAAAUUACCAGAUCAGCAUGAUGAAGCACAUAGUUUAUUAUUUAAGGAAGGAGCUUUAAAGCAUAAAUGUCCUCCAGGAAAAAAUGACAAUACAAUCUCAGUAGAAAAUUCAGAUGGAAAAAUGAAGAAUGUCAUAUCCAUAACUUUAAGCUCUGACAGUGAACAGGAAUUUGCAGAAGAUCAAUGCAUACAGUCCUCCACUAGAGAUCACAUGCCACAACUUCCAUUUAUGAAGUCUCCUGUGUACAGAAUGUUGAGAAAAAAUAGUAACUCAGUGACUACUCAAGAAAAUAAACAGGUUUCAGAGGAAAAAAAUAAAACUGACACAUUUGAAGAAAAUAAAAAAGUAAUUAACCAGAGCAUUUUUUCUGAAGAUAUUAUUGUUCAUGAUAACACAAAGCCUGAGAAAUCAGGCCUUAAACCUUUAGCAAAAGAGACUGGGAAAAUUAUUUUAAAGAAGGGAGUUGUUGUGGCAAGUAACUCAAUUGCCAACGUAUGCACAAAAACACUGGAGAAUUUAAUUCAAAAAGAGUUACCCAAAUGUACCGAAAGCAGUGUCAGGAGUCCGCCUCACUCUGUAGUUAUAAACGGAGAGCAGUCUACACACACAGAGGGUUUAGAUUCUUCAGAUCAAAUGCUUUAUUUGUCACAAAAGACAUUUACGAGGCCUGAGAAGGGCACAUGUGGGUCACCGGGCUCUGAGAAUGUCCUGAAAAGUAUUGAAGAUAAUCAAAUGAUGCUUCAUAAUCCUCAGAAUGAAUGGGCUGGUGGCCUAGAAAUUGGCUUAGAUGACGAUAUGCCGCACAUUGUUCUUGGAGAUGAAAUGGUUGUUGAUGGGUCAACAUGUGAAGAAAUUGCUUUUGAAGAAAUCCAGGAUACAUCUACACAUAAUAAUGAAAAAAAUUAUAGUAUUCAAAGAGAAAUUGCCCAGAGUAAUAUUUCAAAGAUUGAAAAUUUAAAUGCCCUUUGCUCUGGAGAUGCAGAAAUAGAUUUUAUAGAGUCAACUACUACUGAAGAAACUGCCAUUAGAACAGGCCAUGAAGAAAAUGCAAACAAAGCAUCACAGUUGGUUUCAGGCACCAGUAGCAGUGGAAAUCAGAGCGCAGCUUCAGAAAAUAGUAGUAUUAAUAAUGAAAGAACUAUUUUGAGAUCUUGUGAUGUUAAAACUCGAGCAUCACUGCUUUUUCAAGAAAAUGUUAGUCAGUUGCCAGCAUGUGAAAAACUUUUUGAGUGCCACAUAUGUAAUAGGAUUUUAACAACGCAAAGUAAUUUGAAACGACAUUUGUUAAAGCAUGAGAAGUGUACAGUAGGAUCAAUUAUCUGUGAACUUUGCAAUGAACAACUUGUUGACAGGGUACAUUUGAAACAACAUUUAAAAGUCCAGCAUCAACAAUAUGUAAAAUGUGCAUUUUGUGAUAAAGAAUUUUCAAAUAUGAAAUUGUGUAGAGAUCAUGAACUGACUCAUCCUGAAAGGGCAACGUAUAAAUGUGACAUUUGUAAUCAAAUGUUUGUCACCGAGGGUCGGCUUAAAAACCACAAAGAAUUGAUUCACGAUGAUCUGUGUGACACCUUCAGAGAUAAUGAUUUUUUCAAGUGCCACAUAUGUUUUAAAACCCUGAGGACACAUCACAAUCUUAAGAGACAUCUUACAAAUCAUGAAAAACCUCCAGUAUCUGUGUCAUCUGUGUCAUGUAAUCUUUGUCAAGAAGUUUUCACAGAGAAAUCCAAAUUAUACCAGCACAGGGAAGAGAAACAUCCUAAGAAACACAACUGCACAUUUUGCAACAAAGAAUUUCUGAGCUUGAGAAGCUGCAGGAUACAUGAAUCAUUGCACCCAGAGCGAGUAGUUUACAAAUGUAAUAUAUGUGAAACUGUUUUCCUCACAGAAUUACGGUUGAAUAGACACAAAGAUAUAUAUCAUAGAGAACCAUACUGCCGGAUCUGUCGCAAGGAAAUAACUGAUCGUUCAAAACUUAUUGAACACGAAAGACGACAUGGGCGCUUUAAACAAGUUUUUAUGUGCAAGGAAUGUCCUAAAGUAUUCAGGACAGCAUCAGGGUUGAAGUACCACAUGUCUGUUCAUACAGGAAAGUAUGCAGUGUAUUGUGAAAUAUGUGGUAAAGGUCUUCAUUCUGAAGUUGUAUUAGCAGAACAUAAAGCAACUCACACAAAAGAAGUGCGGUACACAUGUGAACUAUGUGGCCGAACCUUCUCCUCUAAUAGUACUUAUAGAAUGCACCGUCUCUGGCAUGAUAAUCCUUUGCCUUAUCAGUGUAAUUUCUGUGACAAAAAAUUUAAACAUACUUCUAUUUUGGCGGUGCACAAGAGACGGGUCCAUACUGGUGAACGCCCAUACAAAUGUAAGUACUGUAACAUGGCUUUCAGUGUCAGCAGCACGCUCAACAAGCACUUAAUUCUGCACACAAAACAGUAUCCAUUUAAAUGUGAACAAUGCAAUAAGGGAUUUACAACACGUACUAAAAUAGCGAAUCAUCUUGCAAAAGUCCACAAUGAUGAUAGCAUGUUAAUUGCUGGCAAGAAGGUUUGUGAGUAUAAGAUGGCUUUGAGGCCUAGUGAAAUGGCUGAUGUAGAAUCUUUACAUGAAUUUCCAACAGAUGAAACAGAUGAAAUGGAUUUGUAGGAAAAACCUCAGUCAGUGAAAGUUGUGACCAAUUAUCAGAAUACAAAGUCGUAUUACAGUGGCCCACUGUGAAAUAUGUUUUCUCAUUGCUAUAGUGUAUAAACUAGGAGCUGAAGAAGAAAAUAGAAAUAAAUACUGAUGAGUUAACUAAACUCUUAAGACUGUAUAGGGACAAAUUCUAUCAUUUGAGGAGAUGGAAAUUAAAAAUAACCAAACUUAGGUCCAUGUACAAAGUGUUACUUUGCAGAGAAAAUGGGAGGAAGUAUAGUGUUAUUGGUUUUUUAACAGUAAUAACUAUGCACCGAUAAAAUUGACUCUGAUUGUCCUGAGAAUCUCAUCUCUUAUUUUUAAAUGAGUGGUUCUGAAGUGCACAAUACUUAAAACAUUCCACCAGUGUUUUGUAGUGAGACUAAAAGACUCUUGUGUGAUACAUUUGUGUGUGUGUGUGUGUGUGUGUGUGUGUGUGUGUGUGUGUGUGUGUGUGUGUGUGUGUGUGUUCGUUGUGCUUUUCCAGAAAAGUGCUUAUACAACAGAAUUGUGUAGUAUACUGUAAUAUUUCUCGAAGUUUGAAUAUUUUUGUGGGAAAAAGUUAUUUUUUGUGGACUUAUAAGACCUUGUUGAAAACUGUCAUUUGAUGAGUUAUUAUCUGAAAAUAAUAACCACUAUUGAGACAGUAUUGUUAUGUGAAUCUGAGAAUUCAUAAAACUAUAUAAAUAUAUCAUUUUAUGUUUAUUUAGUUUAGUAUUUAUUUAGUAUCAGAAAGAUUGAUGUAAAAUUUUGUGAACUUUUGUAAACUUACCUUUGC